UAUGUGGACAGGCAGCCUCCUGCUGCUGCCUUGCCCAGCUGGAGCUGUGACCCCAGCUUCCUGAGGCCCGUCGAGGUGGGUGGGAGGGGGUGCUGCUUCCUAGCCCCCAACCCUGGGGCCUCCCUGGGGCCAGGGAAUGAGGCUGGGAGACCCAGGAGUCUCGGCUUUUUACCUUGAGGUGACAACAUGUGGAGAAGCAGCAGGAGAUGCUGGGCCACAAAUGGGGCCAGUCUUUCCUGAUUGUGUUGCCUUAGUUUCCCUGAGGGGAUGCAGCUUGAGGGAGAUUUUGGGUGACCUAGUUUCUCGGGGGCAGGGACAGGAGCAAGACCUGGACUGUGGGCAUGUCUGGUCCUCUUUCCCAGUUCUGAUGCAGCUGUUGGGCUGGCAGGGCCUUCUGAGUCCCUGUUCUGACAGGCUUGGGGGCACCAGAGCAGUCUCAAGGUGGAUCCCCUGCCGCCUUGCCCUGUGGGGGGGCGGUGGUCUCUGUGGGAAUGGGAGCCAGGAGUUACAGUGUCCAAUUCGUGGAGGGGGUGGGACCCAGUGCAGUCCCAGCCCCUCCCUGGACCAGGGCUUCAAAUACUCACGGAGCUGGGGCGCCAGAGCUGCUGCUAGACCAAGCCCUUGCAGUCUGUUCCGUGCCGCAGACACACCCCCAGCUGGGACCUCAGACUUCUACUGGGACCCAGAUCCUAAGCCUCUGACACAGCCAAUUCACAUCCCUCAGGUGAGUCAGGGUGGGGGGCGUGCUGAGCCGGGGGCUGGAUGUGAAUGGAGUCUCAAUAUUUGGGCCUCAGUUUCCCCACGGAGGAGAAAGGCCACGGCCGUAAGCCCAGCCCACCACCUUGGGGAGACCUGGAGAGCGGCAGGGGGAGGAUAUGCCUUCCUGCCAGCCACCAAUGGGUGGCAGAACCUGCCCGGCCCCCGCGUCCCAGCAGCCGGGACUGAGAAGGGUGGGCUGGUGUGUCCGAUUCCAUGUCCGCGCUCACGCGGCCGUGUCUCUCCCUCUAAGCCCGCCUGCUUUGCGCCAUGGGCGGGCCCGUGGCCUUACUGGCCGCGCUCUGGGCGCUAGGGGCUGCUGGAGACGCAGCGCUGCGCAUCGGAGCUUUCAACAUCCGGAGCUUCGGCGACAGCAAAGUGUCGGACCCAGCCUGCAGCGGCAUCAUCGCGCAAAUCCUGGCUGGCUAUGACAUCACGCUGGUGCAGGAGGUGCGGGACUCCGACCUGAGCGCCGUAUCCACGCUCAUGGAGCAGAUCAACAGGUAUGGCGGGCAGGGCCCAACGUGGGCCCAGGUCUCGGAGCGAUGCCUUGACCCCGGGCUUGGCCGGUGUCUCCGCAGCAUGUCCAGGCACGAGUACAGCUUCGUGAGCAGUGAGCCCCUGGGUCGGGACCAGUAUAAGGAAACGUACCUGUUCAUCUACAGGAAGGACGUGGUGUCGGUAGUGGACACGUACCAGUACCCGGACCCGGAGGACGCCUUCAGUCGUGAACCUUUCGUGGUCAAGUUCUCGGCACCGGGGUCAGCUGCCGAGGAGUUAGUGUUGAUUCCGCUGCACGCGGCGCCGCACCAAGCCGUGGCCGAGAUCGACGCGCUCUACGAUGUAUACCUGGACGUGAUAGACAAGUGGGGCACCGACGACAUGCUGUUUCUGGGCGACUUUAACGCCGACUGCAGCUACGUGCAGGCUCAGGACUGGCCGGCCAUCCGCCUGCGCAGCAGCGAGGUCUUCAAGUGGCUCAUCCCGGACAGCGCCGACACCACAGUGGGCAACUCGGACUGUGCCUAUGACCGCAUCGUGGUCUGUGGUGCCCGCCUGCGCAGCAGCCUGAAGCCCCAGUCGGCCGCUGUACAUGACUUCCAGGAGGAAUUUGGCCUGUACCAGGCUCAGGCGAGUGCUGGGCCCAGUAGGAGCAAGGCCCAACCUCAGUACACCUGGCGCUCCCCUCCCUGCACUAGUGUUUCUAGAAAAGGCCCUUAGAGGUUCAGUUCUGGCUGAAUGGAACAAAUCUGGGAUGGCAGUACAGGAAGCUCUUUACCUCCCAGAGUGGGGUCCCGAGGCCAUGCUCCCACCCAACCCACGCAGCUGGGAUGGAUAGCCCAGGCCUCGCUGGGCUGUUCCCCCACCCCCAGAUGCAGUGGUUUGUGGACACCCAGUGGGCCCCUUCCUGGGGGGGUGUGGGGCAGUUUUCUGGGGUGGAGCCUGAGGGAGGACUGGCUGCUCAGCAGGGCCUCAGGGUUGGCCCCUUCUCUCUCCAGGCCCUGGCCAUCAGUGACCAUUUUCCUGUGGAGGUGACCCUCAAGUCCCACUGACAGCCCUGAAGCCUGGCCAGGGCAGGCUGCCUGCAGACUCUGGCCACAAGGAGCAAGCCCCACAGGGCUGCAGCGUAGGGUCAGCUGGGCCUGGACAAGUGAUGGGACUACUCGGAGCCUGUUUCCCCAUCGUGAAAUGGGCUGCCACCACUACCUCAUAAGGUUGUGAGAAGCACCUCGUAGAGCACUGGGCACACAGCUGAGCUCAAUAAACAGCGAACACUCAGCCAGGACCACACACACGUGUUGGCUCCAACGCCUUCAUGUCCUUUCUUAGAACUCAGCUCUUCUGGGGCACAAACCUUGGUCCUGCAGCCCAGCAGGUCCCCGGUCCCAGCCCACUUGGGGGACAGGGACAGCCUGGCCUGCCCAUUCCACAUCCUGCUGGGAACUGACCACCUCCAGACCAGGCUGGCUCUAGAAGGCAGCUCCUGUGCUCACUGGCUGAAGCUCCCUGCUCUUUCUUUGUGCAAACUAAAUGCUUUCAAGCACCUGUACUGAGUGCAGCUGGGGCUAAGUGCUCACACACAGGUAGUGUGGAUGUACAAAGCCAACCUCCCAGUCCUCAGUGUUCCUCCUAUGGCCCCGGUUCCCAGGCCUGCAGGCCACUCACAGGCACUCGUGUAUGAGGGUCCUUUCCUACCCAGCACUGCAGUUGGCAGGGGGGCGGUCAAGAAGGCUGGCCCCCUGCAACCAGCUGGCUGGCGGCGCUGGGACAUGUGGAGAGCCUCCUCACUGGUGAGCAGGCAGGUUGGGUUAAUAAAGUCCUGCCCACAGAACCUGAACAGCUCACAGUGGUACAGCCCCUUCAAAGGUGCCUUCCUGGUAGCUUCUUCCUCAGGAGCCCUGGGCUGGGCAAGGACUCAGCAGGGAGGACAGCGGCCUGCACCCUGAGUAAGCCCAUCACCUGAGGAUUGGGAACAAGCAGAACUGGGGUACACAGUGUAACUGACAGGGGCCCGAUGAGGUUUCUGGUUUUCGAAGCAUCUCACCUUUGGCAGGAUUUAACUGGCCUGAAUUGUAUGGGAGGGAAAAACCUUUGUUUCAAGAAUUUGAACAAGCUUUUCUUGCUAGAUCUUUCUAAAGUAAGAUUUAGGACACUUGUAAUGUAAAAUGCCUCCCUCCUCCCUCUCUAAGUCACCCAAUUUCUCUGAAAUUUAUACAGGCUUUCCAUCCAAACAAAAAAACAUGGCGGCCCAAGGGCUUUU